CAGUAGGAAAAGCACUGCACAUUGAUAAAUCGUAUUUUUUAUUGUGUUCUGAUUUAUAUUUUAUUGUACUUGAAAUGCGUUAGUAUAAAGUGGCCAACAAAUUUGAGAUAAGCAUUGGAAUUUUGCUUGAACAAAACAUUUAAUGUUAAUUCUAGAAGUUUGGAUACAUUCCCAAAAUUAGUUUAAUCUCGUUUUUUAUAAUUUAUUGUUCUUCCAAUUGAAAUCCCUCCUACCGAAUAGGACAUACGGAGGCUUAAUUAUUUCGCAUGAUUGACAUCACUGAUGUCAUUUAUGAUUUUGUGUUUGAUAUUGCCCCUUUCCAGCGUUCAAGUGCUUUUUGAUGACUAGAACUGUUUAAAGCAUUUGGUUUGUACCUCAAACGAGACUAUGGAUUUCAAGGGUAAAGUUGUGCUUAUCACAGGUGCCAGCUCCGGCAUUGGUGCCGCUACAGCAGUCAAAUUCGCCAAGUUGGGUGCUAAAUUGGUAUUGGUUGCACGAAAUGUGGAGAAUCUUAAGGCAACAGGAGAAAAGUGUCUAAAGGCAGCCGGCGCUCAAGGAUCAACCACGCCGCUGCUCAUAAAAACUGAUUUGUCGGAUGAGAAGGCGGUACCAAACAUCAUAACUGACGUUUCGAAUAAGUUUGGACAACUUGAUGUAUUGGUAAACAAUGCUGGCAUCAUUGAAAACGGUUCCAUAGAGAAUACCAGCCUAGAGCAGUUCGACAGGAUCAUGAACAUGAAUUUGCGCUCUGUGUAUCAGCUCACAAUGCUUGCUGUGCCGGAGCUUAUUAAAACAAAAGGCAAUAUCGUUAAUAUUUCCAGCGUUUGUGGUCUACGCGCCUUCCCUAAUGUAUUGGCUUACAACAUUUCAAAAUCGGCAAUCGAUCAGUUUACACGCUGCGUUGCAUUGGAACUUGCCCCAAAAGGAGUCCGUUGUAACGCAGUUAAUCCAGGUGUUGUAGUCACCAAUCUGCAUAAACGUGGGGGCAUGCAUGAUGAGGUGUAUGAGAAAUUCCUGGAACAUUGUAAAGUCACCCAUGCACUUGGACGAGCUGGCGACGUAGAGGAAGUGGCUAAUGCUAUUUGUUUUUUGGCCAGCGACCUGGCCACAUUUACCACCGGAAUGAAUAUGCCCGUAGAUGGUGGUCGGCACGCAAUGUGUCCUAGAUAAGGAAAUAAACGAAAAUUGCAAAAAAAUGUUAUUUAAACCAUCACGUUUUUAUACAACUCAUGUUUGUUCGAAGGCUAAGGGUGAUAACAGUAUGUGAUUAAAUUUAUAUAAAUAUGUACACAUGUAUAUAUAUGAAUUAAAAUAAAAUAAUGUUUAAAGAUCCUUUACCCAACAAUAAAACAACAUAUUUAAUAUGAUACUUGAGUCAAACUACA